AGAUAAAUCUAAACCCGCCCGCCUACAACCUCAUCUCUUAACUCCUCUCCUCUGCAACUUUCUACAACUCUUACUCGAACUUGGAAGCUACGAAAGCCCAUCACAACAAUGGAGAGGACGACUCUAUUUCGCUCUUCCCUCGCCUGCAAUAGAAUUUUCUCAUUUCGCUCCGCUACCAGGCGUGGUCUCUCCUCUUCAUCUCGCUCUGGUUCUUCGCCAUUUUCAUUAUCAUCAUCAUCAUCAUCUUCUUCUUCUUCAAGAAACCGUUCCAUUCCCAACAUCACCGGACGCUCCCUUCUCCGCCGCCAAUGGAGAUUACUUCGCACUUCCACUUCGUCUUCCUCAUUUCGUCUCCACAAACACUUCUCCACUCUCUCUCCGCGCGCCAUUGCCACUCCAACUCAAUCUUCUUCCUCAGAAUUUUCUGGGGUCCAGAAUGAGGUUGUGGAGAAGCUUGGUUUCGAGAAAGUUUCUGAAGAGUUUAUCGGAGAGUGUAAAUCGAAAGCUGUGCUCUUUAGACAUAAAAAGACUGGAGCUGAAGUUAUGUCGGUGUCGAACAAUGAUGAGAAUAAGGUUUUUGGCAUUGUUUUCCGGACGCCUCCGAAAGAUUCUACUGGAAUUCCGCACAUAUUGGAGCACAGUGUGUUGUGUGGGUCAAGAAAGUAUCCUCUGAAAGAACCAUUUGUUGAAUUAUUGAAAGGGAGCUUGCAUACUUUUCUGAAUGCAUUCACGUAUCCUGAUAGAACUUGUUACCCGGUUGCUUCCACGAAUACAAAGGAUUUCUAUAAUCUCGUUGAUGUGUACCUAGAUGCUGUUUUCUUUCCUAAAUGUGUGGAGGAUUUUCAGACAUUCCAACAAGAGGGAUGGCAUUAUGAGCUCAACAAUCCUUCUGAAGAAAUAAGUUACAAAGGGGUUGUUUUCAAUGAGAUGAAAGGAGUUUACUCCCAGCCUGAUAACAUUUUAGGGCGAUCUGCUCAACAGGCUCUCUGUCCAGACAAUACCUAUGGUGUUGACAGUGGAGGCGAUCCGAAAGUUAUUCCUAACCUCACGUUUGAAGAAUUUAAGGAUUUUCACCGUAAAUAUUACCAUCCCAGCAAUGCCAGGAUAUGGUUUUAUGGAGAUGAUGAUGUCAGUGAGCGUCUACGCAUAUUGAGUGAAUAUUUAAAUAUGUUCGAUGCAAAUUCAGCUCCUAAUGAAUCGAGGAUUAAACCUCAAAAGCUGUUUUCAGAGCCAAUUAGGAUUAUUGAGAAAUAUCCUGCUGGUGAAGAGGGUGAUUUGAAGAAGAAACACAUGGUAUGUCUAAAUUGGCUACUCUCUGAAAAACCAUUAGACCUGGAAACUGAGCUCACCCUUGGAUUUUUGGAUCAUCUUAUGUUGGGAACUCCUGCUUCUCCCUUGAGGAAAAUCUUGCUUGAAAGUGGGCUUGGAGAGGCUAUUGUUGGAGGUGGGGUCGAAGAUGAGCUCCUUCAGCCUCAAUUUAGUAUUGGGUUGAAAGGUGUUUCGGAAGAUAACAUUCAGAAGGUAGAAGAAUUAGUAAUCAGCACAUUAAAAAAAUUAGCAGAGGAAGGUUUUGAUUCAAAUGCCGUGGAGGCAUCAAUGAAUACGAUCGAGUUUUCUCUCCGGGAAAACAACACUGGAUCAUUUCCCCGUGGUUUGUCCUUAAUGCUCCGGUCCAUUGGUAAGUGGAUAUAUGACAUGGAUCCCUUUGAGCCUUUGAAGUAUGAGAAACCCUUAAUGGCCCUUAAAGCCAGGAUAGCAAAUGAAGGUGCUAAAGCUGUUUUCUCACCUUUAAUAGAGAAAUUCAUUUUGAACAAUCCACACCGAGUUACAAUAGAAAUGCAGCCUGAUCCGAAGAAAGCUUCUCUUGACGAAGCAGCUGAGAAAGAAGCAUUGGAGAAAGUUAAAGCUAGCAUGACUGAAGAAGAUCUUGCUGAGCUGGCACGCGCUACGCAAGAAUUGCGGCUUAAGCAGGAAACUCCUGAUCCACCGGAAGCAUUGAGAGCUGUUCCAAGCCUUUCUCUACAGGACAUUCCCAAGGAACCUAUACAUGUUCCUACAGAGGUGGGAGAUAUUAAUGGAGUAAAGGUUUUGAAGCAUGACCUUUUCACCAAUGAUGUCCUUUAUGCAGAAGUUGUUUUCAACAUGGGCUCACUGAAGCAAGAGCUUCUUCCUCUUGUACCUCUUUUUUGCCAAUCAUUGCUGGAGAUGGGUACAAAAGACUUGACUUUUGUGCAGCUUAAUCAGUUGAUUGGGAGGAAAACUGGAGGCAUAUCAGUUUAUCCACUAACUUCAUCUGUUCGUGGCCAGGAGGAUCCUAGUAGGAAUAUAAUUGUUCGAGGCAAAGCCAUGACAGGACGUGCUGAAGAUCUAUUUAACCUGGUUAAUUGUGUUCUUCAAGAAGUUCAGUUCACUGACCAGCAGCGGUUUAAACAAUUUGUUUCCCAAAGCAAAGCAAGAAUGGAGAACCGUUUAAGAGGCAGUGGACACGGGAUUGCAGCUGCUAGGAUGGAUGCAAAGUUAAAUGUUGCAGGGUGGGUUUCUGAACAAAUGGGUGGCGUCAGUUACUUGGAGUUCUUGCAAGCUCUCGAAGAGAAAGUUGAUCAAGACUGGGAGGGAAUUUCUUCAUCUCUCGAGGAGAUACGCAAAAGCUUACUAUCUUGUAAUGGCUGCUUAAUAAAUAUGACUGGAGAAGGGAAAAACCUCACCAACACAGAAAAAUAUGUUAGCAAAUUUCUUGAUUUGCUUCCCACCAGCUCUCCUUAUGAAACGACGACUUGGAAUGCUCGAUUGUCAUCUGGAAAUGAAGCCAUCGUGAUACCUACUCAGGUUAAUUAUGUUGGGAAAGCAGCUAACAUAUAUGAGACGGGUUAUCAGCUCAGUGGGAGUGCAUAUGUUAUUUCAAAAUAUAUAGGUAAUACAUGGUUGUGGGAUCGCGUCAGAGUUAGUGGUGGUGCUUAUGGUGGUUUUUGUGACUUUGAUUCUCACUCAGGAGUAUUUUCUUUCUUAUCUUACCGUGACCCAAAUUUAUUAAAGACUCUUGAUGUAUAUGAUGGAACUGCGGAGUUUCUACGGCAAUUAGAAAUGGAUGAUGAUACCCUCACAAAGGCCAUUAUUGGAACUAUAGGAGAUGUGGAUUCAUACCAGCUCCCAGAUGCCAAAGGUUAUAGUAGUUUGUUGCGCCAUUUAUUGGGAGUCACAGAGGAAGAGAGGCAAUUGAGACGUGAACAGAUAUUAUCAACCAGUGUGAAGGACUUUAAAGAAUUCGCUGAUGCAAUUGAAUCAGUCAAGGAUAAAGGAAUUGUGGUUGCAGUGGCCUCUUCAGAUGAUGUCGAUGCUGCUAACAAGGAGCGCAGUAAUUUCUUCCAGAUAAAGAAAGCCCUUUGAGAUUCAAAAUUCUGUAUAAGAGGGCAUUUGCUUUACAAUAUUUUCUUUCAUACCGUGAGAGAUGUCCGUAAUAUUUCUUUUCCCCCCAUUUUUCUCUGACCUUAUUUAUAAAAACAAUAAACACAUAGAUAACUUAUAAGCAUUAGUGUUUACCAUAUCAGGGUGCUAUUUGUAUGUUGUAUUUUUUUAACAUAAAAACAGUGCCCCAUCCAAGUUUUUGACCCCCACAAUUACGAGCAAUGACAAUUUCAGGGUUCCGAAUCCA